AUGUCUGCCGAUGAAUGGAUUUCCGCUAAAUCCCUGGCGAAAUAUACAUACCCACAGAUCGUUCGUAGAGAUGUCACUUGUGCCCUGAAAGCGUUUAAGGAAUUACGUCCCAAGUUCGAAGAUUUCAUCCAAAACGAUGGAACUUCCCGGAGACUCGUGAGCUUAGACGGCACUAUUCCUGUCAGGUAUAUGGGUUCAACUUACAAUAUCCCGAUUGCAAUAUUUCUGUUCGAAGCUUAUCCACACAAGUCUCCUAUGGUUUAUGUGAGGCCCACAAAUACUAUGCAGAUAAAGCCGAGUGAUUUUGUUGACAGUGCUGGCCUUGUUCAACUGCCUUACAUGACAGACUGGAAACAUCCAGAUGCAGAUCUAGUUGAAUUAAUAUCAGUAUUACAGGCUGUGUUUGGUGAGACAUCUCCAGUGUUUUCUAAAUCUGCUCCCAUCACAAAACGGCAAAGUUUAAAUCCUCCGUCAAAUCCCCAAUGCAUUGGUUCAAUGCCGUAUCCAGGUUCCUUAUCACAACCUCCUGUUCCUGUCAUACCGAAUGGUCAAAUUUCUAAUGUGUAUCUACCCCAGCUUGGUACCGGAUGGCAGAUACCCGGUUCUGUACCCGUACUUCCCAAUAUACCUAUGCCUCAGUUGCCCAAUUUUGCCAAUCCUUUUACUCAAGCGACAAAUUCAAAUAUAUACUCUAUGUCAAGUCAAAAUAUUCCAAUGCCAGUAUGCCCAGAUGCAUCUGCUACAUCCAACAUACCAUAUAGUAUCAACACAUUAAACGAAGAACAAUUACGAUUAUCCGUACUAACUGCUGUGAUUGAUCAAGUUCGUCGUGUACAAAAAGAAUUAAUCUAUCAACAUCAAGAUGAUUUACAAGCAAUACGUCAAACUCAAACUGGCCUAUUUAGUGGUGGUCAAAAAAUUCAAGAAAUGAUUAAUAAAAUGCAACAAGAAAAAGAUCGAGUUUGUACAGAAAUGGAAUCAGUCAAGAGGAAGAUGAAAGAUUUAGAAGAGACUUCAGAGAAACUACGCAAAUCUGACUCAAAUUUCAUAAUUGAUGAAGUAUUCGAUACAACUGCUCCAUUAUAUCGUCAAUUAGUUGUUUCAUUCGCUGAAGAACAAGCUAUAGAAGAUGCAAUUUAUUAUUUGGGCGAAGCAGUGGGUAAAAAUGUGUUCGAUGUGGAAGUUUAUUUAAAAAAAGUACGCGAAUUGUCUCGUCGACAGUUUAUGUUGCGAGCUACUGUUCAAAAAUGUCGUGAGAAAGCAGGUCUACCACUUCUGUAAUAAUCACAUUCAUUUUUAUAUUGUUUACUGAUUAUAUCAAAUAUUCCUGUUGUGAUAAAUCUGGCAUAUAUAUAUAUAUAUAUAUAUAUAUAUAUAUAUAUAUAUAUAUCGUUGCAUCACCUAUAUUUUUUGCCACACAACAGAAAUCUACUAACAAUAAUUAACCACAUGGAUAAGUGAAUCCAUACAUAGAUCUUUUCACAUUCUUUUAAAUAAAAAUAUUCAAUCAAAUCCUCCUUCGUAGCUUCGUUUCCUCCUACUUCCUGUUGUUGCUAUUGUCGUUGUUUUCACUGUUAUUGGUGUUUACUUCAUUCUCUUUACACACAUGCGCGUGCGCUCUUGUGCACAUCCAUGGGCGAUUAUAUUCUACAAUUUAUUUUAUUCAGACAAGUAACUUCUCACCAGAAUAUCUUUGUUAUCCUUAACUAUCAUUCACACUAUUUCUCCAAUGUUCUUCUGUUUCUCCUUCUACUGCUCUACCUGUUGACUUUAUUCACGUUUGUCCCGUUCUAAUGAAAAAUAAUCCAGAUUAUUAUUCAAUAAUUUCACUCUUGGAACCAAACCACUACAUUAGCUGCAGUAAAUUAUACAUAUAUGUAACUUUGGUUUGUUUUAAACUGGACGAAAUUUGGAUUGUACAAACGUACACAUUCAUUCAUACACAUUAUUAGAUAUACUUGAAAAGAGCGUACAUUUUUAACUUUCGGGUAAUUAAUUGAUUACAGUUUUAUUUGUUUUCUAGUGUUGUUUAUUUGCGAAAAAAAGUAAAUUCCACAUCGUA